GCACAGGAUCUGCUCUGUUAGAAAACAGGGGCAAGUGGUUCUCUUGCCUGUUGGAGGUUAUGACUUGCCAAGCGUUUGCUUCAUCUGAUGCUUUUGUACCCUUGAAUUCUGACUCUUCUCCCUCUCUGCCUCUGAUAAUGCAUCACAGCGCCGCAGAGUGCCUGCCGGUUUCUAACCAUGCCACCAAUGUUGUGUCUACAGGCCUUCAUUACUCUGUGCCUUCUUGUCAUUAUGGAAACCAACCGUCCACCUACGGGGUGAUGGCAGGCAUCAAACCUGCAACUCCAGAGAUGCUAUCAGCAAGUCUCUCCCAGAGCCGCAUCUUACAGACGUGCAGCAUGCCACAUCCCAAUGUGGUAAACGGUGUCAGCACCUUGCAAAGCAACCUGACCCCUUGCCUUUACAAAUUCCCGGAGCACGCCCUGAGUGCCAGCUCCUGUGCCCUGGGCCACGGCUUCACGCCCAUGCACCAGUCCCUCCUUGCAGACGAUCCCGCCGCUGCAGACUUCAAGCAGGAGUUCCGCAGAAAAAGCAAGUCUGUUGAAGAGCCUGUUGACAUGGACUCCCCUGAAAUCAGAGAACUGGAGAAAUUUGCUAAUGAAUUCAAGCUGCGGAGAAUUAAGUUGGGUUAUACACAAACCAAUGUUGGAGAAGCGCUGGCUGCUGUGCAUGGCUCUGAAUUCAGCCAAACUACUAUUUGCCGGUUUGAAAACUUGCAGCUGAGUUUCAAGAACGCGUGCAAACUGAAAUCGAUACUGUCCAAAUGGCUGGAGGAAGCAGAACAAGUAGGAGCUUUAUACAAUGAAAAAGUUGGAGUGAACGAGCGGAAGAGGAAGCGCAGAACCACCAUAAGUAUUGCUGCUAAAGAAGCCCUAGAGAGGCACUUCGGAGAACAAAGUAAGCCUUCUUCUCAGGAGAUUAUGAGGAUGGCUGAGGGGCUCAAUCUUGAGAAAGAAGUUGUGAGAGUUUGGUUUUGCAACAGAAGACAAAGGGAAAAAAGAGUGAAGACAAGUUUACAUCAGAACACUUUUAGUUCCAUUAUCAAGGAGCAUCACGAAUGCCGGUAAAGCUUUUCCAUGUAUAGAUGUGGAUUUCUGUUUUGCUUUUUGUAAAUAUUGUAAAUACUAUGUU